UUCUCAUUGUUCUCUUUCCUGUUGUUACUUUCUUCGUCUUCCGGUCUUUCACGCUAUUAUAAAGUGCCUUUAUUCUGGUCCUCUUCUAUACGACAGUAAUUUGCUCCAUUUCAAAAUACCCGUAUUCAUCCUUCACGGUCUUCUCACCAUGGAUGUUGUGUCUUUCACCGCCACUCUACUGUUUCCCUUGGCAAAAAUCUUUAGGGAAAUUACAAAGGGUAUCGACACAGUGAAGAAGCUGUUUAAAGAUGAAAGCUAUGGUACUCUGGUCGUUGACUUUCUGAAAUCGGUGCUACAUGAGAUCGAGGGAAAGGAGCUCCGAGAGGAUGUGAGCGACUCGGACAAAAUCCUGUAUCUUCGCCUCCAGGCCGUUUGUACGCAGCUAUACCAGCAGAUAGAAAUAUUACGCGAUCAAUAUCAACGUCGGCGACAUGACCGGUGGGGGCGCUGGUGCACGUACCAAAGUGCUUUUAGUAAACUGCGAAAAUUGAAACCUGAGUUUCAGUCUGUUGUCAGUCUUAUCGGGCAAACUAAAAUUGUCACCGAGUUCAUGGGGCGGGUGCAAGGCGACAAACACGAUAUGACGAAACUUACCAAACAGGUCCAGGAAAUGUCUCUUCAUUCACGGCAAGUCCAGGAUAGCGUUGAAUCGAACAGAGACAGAAGUCACCGCGCCAGCAGAUGGCACCAGUAUCGAGUCCAAAAGCCCCGGGCAACCCGCUCUCGCAGAAGCUCAUACGAAACACGUAGAGCUCUUGAAAGGCGUAUCGACCAUCGACAGGCCAAAGGAAGUUGUCGAAACUGCGGGAGGUAUGGACAUUGGGAGCACCAAUGCUUUAAAAGAUGCUUUAUAUGCAACGGGACUGAUCACACAGCGACCUACUGCUAGCAAUGACUUAUGCGGUAAACAGUGAUAGGUAUGUACAGGACGGCAGAUGCUUGGUGCAUAUCACGAGGUAAUCGCGUGUUUAUAUAUUGUGCAAUAGUGGCAUGUCUAGAGCCUUUUUUAUUGCAAAGUAUAGCGCAAAUCGUUUUACUCGGGUUUAUGGAUUCUAGUGUUUAUUGUUUGCGUUACAGUGUAUUACAGAAUGUGAUUUGAUUUCUAUGAAGC